AUGAAUCAUUUUCCUGGAACAUGGGGUCGGCCUAGGGAUGAUGUCUACGGACCAUAUGAUUCAUCGUAUCUUCAAACUACCGGACCUAAAACACACACUCAAUCGCCAGCUGUCACUGGAACGUCGGUGAUUGCCGUCAAGUUUAAAGGAGGCGUUGCAAUUGCUGCUGACAACUUGGCAUCAUACGGAUCACUUGCCCGCUUCACCGACGUCAAACGUCUUCGUAAGUUUGGCGAUGCCGCUGUGAUUGGGUUCAGCGGCGAUGUGUCAGACAUGCAGUACAUCGACCGCCUUCUAGAGUCUAUCGACAUCCGUGAAAACUACUCAGCACAUGGAAAUCAGCUCAACGCCAAAAAUCUCCACACUUAUUUGUCCAAAGUUCUCUACAAGCGGCGCUCUGAUUUCAAUCCCUUGUGGAAUCACAUUCUUGUCGCAGGAUUUGAUUCGGAAAAGAAGCCUUUCCUUAGCUCUGCCGACUUACUCGGAACUACAUUCUCAGCACCGCACCUUGCGACCGGCUUCGGGGCUCAUCUAGCGAUUCCGAUUCUGCGCCGAUUGUUCCCAGAGGAGCGUUCCAUUGAAGAGAUUAGCAAGGAGGAAGCUGUGUCGGCGCUUAAAGACUGCCUCAAAGUCCUCUGGUACCGUGACGCGCGAAGUAUGGACAAGUACUCGCUGGCCUUGAUUACACAGGACGGAAUCGAGGUGCACGAAGAUCAACAGAUUGAAGCCCAAAACUGGGCGUUUGCCGAGAGUAUCAAGGGAUAUGGUGCCCAGACUGUCUAG